ACAUUAAAAAAAUUCGAAAGUAUUUCAAUUGCCUUUCAAUUCUUGACAACCUUCGAAUAAAAUUAAACAUUUCUAAAUUGAAAAGCAGAUAAAUGCGUGAACCCUUAUUUGAAAGUCCUUUUUGGAAUAACCUCCACUAUGGAAAAAAUUCGGCUGAUGAAUUUAUCGAAAAACUUGUACAAAAUUGCAAUAUCAAUCAAAAAUAAGUCAGAUGUAUCAAUUAACGCCUCUUCUCUCCAGUAUAUAGAAGACCUUUACGAAGCAUGGUUGAAAGAACCAAAUAGUGUCCACCCUUCCUGGGCUUUAUUUUUCCAAAACUCAGCUGCAGGGGAUGCAGGUUACACUCCGAAACAUCCACCAGCUUAUUUCAGUAAAAAUGAGAUGGCUUUGGGCGACUACCUAAGACAAUUCGGACUUCCUCAUGGACAUUCUCAUAGGCACUCUCACUCACAUAGAACAGGCAGUUCUGCACAAGCACAACAUGUAGAUACUCUGGAUGAAAUUGAAGAUUUUUCUGCCGUACAGCGAUUAGUAAGCACUUACCAGGAUAAAGGAUAUCUGGCAGCUGAUUUGGACCCUCUUGGGAUAACUACGAAAAAUCGUAGAGAUAAAAUAGAAAAAUGGAAAAUAGAUGCGGGGUUCUACAAAAGAGGUUUCGAAAAUCCCGAGAAAUUACAACAAAAAUUUCGGCUUCCGCACAACACUUUCUUGGGACCUGAUAAGAUGACACUAAAAGAGAUAAUUGAGAGAUGCGAAGAGGUUUACACGAAUCGCAUUGGCGUUGAGUAUCGACACAUAAACGAUAACGAAAAAAUUCGAUGGAUGAGGCAACAGUUAGAACCUCCUGGUAUUGCUGUAUUGCCAAAGGAGAAGAAAAUAAAACUGUGGGAACGACUAGUCCGUACAACAGAAUUCGAGGCCUUUUUGGCAAAGAAAUGGGCUUCCGAAAAACGUUUUGGCAUCGAAGGAUGCGAGAUGUUGAUACCAGCAAUGAAGGAGGUGAUAGAUCGGUCCACAUCACACGGAGUAGAGAACUACAUCAUCGGUAUGGCGCACAGAGGAAGACUGAACACCCUGGUGAACGUUUGCAGGAAAAAUCUGUACCAACUGUUCGCUCAUUUCAUUGGAUUGGAGGCUGCAGACGUUGGAGCCGGAGAUGUCAAAUACCAUUUGGGUUCUUCCGAUAAAAUAAUGAACCGAGCUAACAAUAAAGUUAUAAACGUAAGUCUAGUGGCAAACGCCUCCCAUUUGGAGCAUGUCAAUCCAGUAUGCUUAGGAAAAUGUCGAGCAGAACAAUUCUUUUCUGGAGAUAGAAACGGAGAUUUGGUUAUGCCCAUUUUGAUACACGGUGAUUCAUCUUUUUGCGGCCAAGGAAUUGUAUUCGAGGCAAUCCAAUUGUCUGAUUUAUCACAUUUCACUUGUAAAGGAGCUGUCCACAUCAUCGUCAACAAUCAAAUAGGAUUCACAACAAUCCCUCACUUCUAUAGAUCUUCACCCAUGUGUACAGAUGUGGCUAAAGUUAUCAACGCUCCAAUAUUUCACGUCAAUGCCGACGAUCCAGAAGCGGUAUAUACAGUUUGUAAAGUGGCAGCUGAUUGGAGAAAAACCUUCAAGAAAUGCGUUGUUAUAGAUUUGGUUGGUUAUAGAAGGAGCGGCCACAAUGAGAUAGAUGAGCCAUCUUUCACGCAGCCCCUCAUGUACAAAAUAAUAAGAGCUAAACCUCCUGUUUUGCACGAUUACACGAAGAGGCUCAUUGCUGAAGGUGUCAUAACGAAAGAAAGAGAAAAACAGUACAAAGAAGAGUACGAUAAGAUACUUGAAGACGGCUUGAACGCGUCAAGAAAAGAAACUCAUAUAAAGUUGUCCCAUUGGCUUGACAGUCCCUGGACAGGUUUUUUCAAAGGGAAGGACAAAUAUGAGGUGAAAUCAACAGGAGUGCCUGAAAAGACUCUCCAGCAUAUAGCUAAGACGUUUUCGUCACCACCACCUCCAGAACUGAAGUUCGUUACACAUAAAGGUAUCGAUCGAAUAUUGAAGCAGAGAACGGAAAUGACACAGAAACGUAUAACAGACUGGUCAUUGGGUGAAGCCUUAGCGAUUGGAUCCUUGUUAAAGGAGGGGAUCCACGUUCAGUUUUCUGGUCAAGACGUCGAGCGAGGCACCUUUUCUCAUCGUCAUCACGUCCUGCAUCAUCAGGAAAUCGACAAGGUCAUCUACAAUCCCUUGACGAACUUGUAUCCGGAUCAGGCAAAGUACUCCAUCUGCAACAGUUCUUUGUCUGAGAAUGCAGUGUUGGGAUUCCAGCUUGGCUACUCCACACACGAUCCGAAGUGUCUUGUGAUUUGGGAGGCACAGUUCGGUGAUUUUGCCAAUACUGCACAGGCUGUCAUAGACACUUUCAUCACGUCCGGACAAACUAAAUGGUUCCGGCAAUCUGGAUUACUUAUGCUGCUGCCACAUGGGUUCGAAGGAAUGGGCCCCGAACACUCCAGCGCUCGCAUUGAGCGAUUCCUGGAGCUCUGUGACGAUGACCCCGAAACAGCGCCAAAAAUCGACGAUCCACAGUUCGGAAUCAAGCAACUCCACGAAACUAACGUGAUCCUAGCCAACGUCACCACUCCAGGAAACCUAUUCCACAUCUGGAGACGUCAGGUCUACCUGAAUUUCCGGAAACCUUGCAUCAUCUUCACCCCCAAGUUCAUUCUGAGACACCCCGAGGCUCAGAGCAGCUAUGACGAGAUGGUGGAAGGUACGUUCUUUAAGCCCAUCUACCCAGACAAAGACGCCAGUACGGAGGCCAAGAAGCUGCUGUUUUGCUCAGGCAAGGUCUACUACGAACUGAAGGAGGAGAGAGCGAAGAGGAAUCUGGCGAAGGAUAUAGCUUUGGUGCGGAUAGAGCAGUUAUGCCCUUUUCCUUAUGACUUAGUCAAGAAAGAAUUGGACAAGUAUCCAGACGCACAAAUAGCUUGGGUGCAAGAAGAACACAAGUUUCAAGGUCCAUGGGCUUUUGUAACAUACAGGAUCAAUCAUCUUCUUCAGAAGCAGAAAGAAAUACUAUAUAUUGGAAGACCAGUUUCAGCAAGUACUGCUAGUGGAAAUAAGAACAUGCACCUCAAAGAACUCAAGAACUUCAUUGAUGAAGCAAUGAAAGUUUGAAAAUAAAAUAAGAAGUAUUCAUCAAUAAAUUCCUUCUAUAAAGAA